AUGGGCGCGCCAUCGCUGCGCGCGCGAACGCUCGAGCUUCUUUGGCAUUGUCGGGAGAUCGGAGAGGAGUUAGAGCAGCUCGGGAUGCCGGGUGCGACCCCUGCGGAAGGGAUCACCAGCAUUGACUACGACCCCCUCCACCACCGCCUCGCCACGACGGGUGGGGAUCAGUGUAUUCGACUCUGGCAACUCAACACCGCCGCGAUCGAUGAGUGGCUUGCCGAUCCUGGGAAGGAUAUGGCGAGUUGCAGUCGUCAUGUGUGCAAAAUGACGACAAUGUGGAUGCCGUUGACGGCGCGGUGGUCGCCACGCGGUACGAUGCUCGCGAGUGGGCACUGUGAGGGGAAAAUCUGCCUUUGGUGGAAUGCCACCCCACCGGGAAGUCACCCUAUCGGCAACGAGGAAGGGAUGGAAUCCCCUUGUGAGGAGUGGAAGGAUUAUCGUCAUCUUAUCGGGCAUGUAAGCGAUGUUUACGACCUGGUGUUCUCACCAGACGCGCGCUACAUCUUUAGCGGGGCGAGCGACGGGAGCAUCGCGAUUCACGACUUGGAAGGGGGGACGAUGGCGGUGUUUUUUCUGCAAAACCCGCAUGGGAAGUUCUGCUGUGGGGUGGCGUGGGAUCCGUGGGGGCGGUAUUUGCAUAGCUUCGGCGCCUGCCCGGCGCUGCAGUGCUACACGAACGUCCCCGCCAGGCGGUCGGGCGAUCGGAUUCAUUUGGCCUCUCAGCGGCGAUGUCAGGGCGGUUUUCUUGGCGAACCCGAUGCGCUCGCGUUUCGGCGAAUCGGAUGGUCGCCGGAUGGGCUGUUUCUGGCGGUGCCGUUUGGCAAAGUCACGAAGGACGCGCCCGCCGCCACGACGACGGCCCGCCAGGAAGGCGAAAAGCGAACGCUCUCCGAUGCCAUUGACGCCAAGCUCGCCGCGGAGAGAGCAAGACAGAUUCCAAAUGAAAUCCCCGUUGUCGAUGAAGGCAUCUACGAGAAUGAGGAGGAGGUGGUGGUGAUGGUGGAGGCCGAGAAUGAUGGCUGCAAAGGGUCUCCCGCCGAGAACCGUCGUAUUGCGCCUGAGGCGAGGAAACCCCAGAGUGAGGAUAAAAAGAAGACCCCCCGUGUGGAUCCCCUUGCCCAAAACGAUAACGAAGAAGAGAAGGAUAUGAUGCAUUGCGUGAAUAUUUACCUACGAAACGCACCCGAUAAACUUGCCGCGCGCCUAGUCAUUCGGGGCUAUAACGAGCUACGCGGGGUGCUAUGGGCGCCAUACUUCUUUGAGCCCCUGCCUCACAAAGACCCCCUUCCCCUAGUGCUCGAAACCCCUCUGAAGGCUGCGGACGCGGGCUUGUUCCCUUUCGCCGACGGGUUGCAAAACGGAAACCCUUUUCACGCGAAUCCACUCAAAGCCCCCGACCCGAAAGCGCAGGAUCCCGGGGCUGCGGUCGGUGCCGAAUCUCAGACGAGCGACGCCUCCUCCGCAGAUAACCCUUUCGGGAGUUGGGGGCCAGCGGAUUACCGCAUGGCGUUGGCUGUAUGGACCUGCGAUUCAUUGUUGAUUUACACCACUGAUAGCUGCGUACGACAUAGCGACUUUACUGACCUGCAUGCGCGCAGUAUCACAGAUGUUUGCUGGGGUCAAAACGCCCGAUUUAUCUACACCGCUUCACUAGACGGCUACGUGUCUGUCAUCGGCUUCGGCAGCUCUCUCACCUUAGCGCAUCGUCUUCCGGUCUUUUCAAACCGCCCGGUAACGAUAGCCUUGACAAAGAUGUUGAGGCGGAUUCAGAAAAGUUCGGAGGCUGAGCGAAGCCACAAGACGGCAGGAGGUGGGGAGCAUAGGCAAGGUGCCAACGAGGGUGAUACGACAGUGGCAGUUGUUCGAAAGAAGAAGAAGAUCGAAGCAGCGGAGCCCACCCCUCGUGCAGCGAUCUCAGAGAUCAGUUUAGAUCAACAUUUGUGA